CAGAAUCUWGAAGAAAYUAAUUCAGGAACGAAAGACGAGCCCCUAGCUCAAGCCCACCGGAUUCAACAAGCUUAUCAAGAGUGGUGCGAGGUAAGAACAAUGCAGCAAAACCAUACUUCAUAUUUUGAAAUUKAGGUGAAUACUUACCGUUUCGGAAUACACACCAAUCUUAUUAACCAAUCGAAUAAAAGUUUUAUGGAAAGAUUUCGAACAGAGAACGUCUCGGCGUCUUCGCAUCGAACUUUCUGGCUGUUCAAGAAUUUCACGAAAACACGGGUAGGCCAUUGGUUCUGAACCAAUUUGCUGAUUUGACUGAAGAACAAUAUCUGAAAGGAGAGGAGCAAUCUAAAAACGAUAGCAAAGAAGCRACGAUCGCUCCCGAGAAAGAAGCGGAGGAUCGCAUUCUUGUGGCGUACCGAGAAUGGUGUGAGUAYUACGGACGAGUGUGGGAUGAAAAUCGUCUCCCAAUUUUUGCUUCGAACUACGUCGCCGUAGAAAAGUAUCAUGAACAUACAAAAAUGCCUCUAGUACUCAACGAGUUUGCGGAUAUGAAUGAACAGGAGUACGAAGAAUACAUKGAAAGAACUACGGAAUUCACUGAAYCGGAAUCUACUGGAUCGAUGGCAUCUGAUAAUACUCCAUUCUCGCAAGAAGAKCSAAUGGCAUCAUAUCUCGAUUCUGAACCUGUUCAAAAUCCAGUUGACUUUCCACAAGUCAAUGAAGUACAAUCAUCCGUCCCUAGCUCUCCAACGCAGACUGUUCAGAGUGACAGUAGAGAUCUUCCUGAGUCAUCGCACGUUUGGGAUGCGUCGUCAUCGACAUACGAAGUUCCUGCCGUUCCGAAUUCAAUGACACAGGUAGUUCAGAGUAGUGAUGUCGAACAGUUUGCACGAUUGGAUACAUCGUCAUCGAUAGAUGAGGAUUUUGCUGCUCUCCAACAAACAGUUGCAUCGCUGACUGCCAUGGUGAAUGAUAUGGCAUCGGCAACUCAAGUUGUGGCACCGCGCACACAAGCUCAACCAUUGGAUUCGUUAGUCAUUGACGUGCUCCAACAACAAGAUCAUAGCAUUAGCCAGCUCGAAAUGUCGAUAGACGGACUGCACCAGAUUCAAAUGCAAAGCAGCGACUUGAUCGAGCUUGUUUCUAACAAUCAAAAACAAAUGACCGACAUGAUGGAAGMGGUUCAGGUCGAGAUUGCUGCACUCGAAGAGGAACGGCAGCUAAACAACGAAAACUAUGCGUUGUUGUUAGCCCGAAUCGAAGAGUUGGAGGAAGCAGUCGCAAAACACGAUAGCGAUGACCCCUCUUUGCAGAAAGCACUGGUACUGGCGCACGCAACAGCUACCACAGGGAGAAUGAUGGUGGAAGUCAAACCCAACAUCCCAGCUAUUGGAGCAAACCCAAUGKUCAAGCCAAUAAAUUUGGACCCGCAGUAGUGACGUCUCUAGUCAUUGCUGAUUUGGAUGAAGCCGAUGUGUGCAAAUGAAAGCUAAAGGAAUGG